GUUUUAUAUUUAAUAGUUUUAUUUUUGUCAAAAGGAAUGUUGGCUAGGAGAUGUUUUUCCAAUGGUUAUUUUUCUGUUUAUACACAAACAAAUUGUUUUAGACAAUUUGCCUCAAAAAGAAAUAUUUCUACUCAAAAUCAACGAAAAAAUUGGUUUUCAAACAAAAUAUUUUUCAAUAGAAAUGGAUUAAUUAUUUUACCUCAAUUACCAAAUUUCUCUUCCGUGGCGCGGGCUGUAGCCGAAUCUUCUCCUUCAUUUGUAUUUUGUGAUGAAAAUUUUUCUCUUAAAAAAGAAUGGAAUGAAAGAUUUAAACAAAUUGAAAAAUUAAAAAUUGGAUAUGAUGCUUCAGAAUGGAUAAUGUUGGUUCAAAAAAAGUAUAGUGGUGGUGGAAAGGCUAGUGCUGUUGAUUUAGAUAUAGCUGGUGUAAUGGCACAACAUAAUGAUCAAAUUAACGAUUUAAUUGAACUUUGCUAUAAACUUAGGCAUACAGACAACGCUACAGAUUUAUUUCCAUCAACUGAAUAUGCAAUAUUUAGAUUAAUACUUGAAAAUGGUGAUUUUGAAAAUUUUAUGAAAGUUUUGAAUGAUCCGAUUAAUUUUGGAUUAUUUCCAAAUGAACAUUGUUGUUGUUUAUUUUUAAAUUAUUUUUUAAAUAUAAAUGAUUUACAAAGUGCUGCACGUUUGGCUGUUUAUGUAAUGCAACAAGAAAUGUUUUCUCAACCUCUUCUUAAUUUUCUUUCUGUUCAAUCUUUACUUCAAUUUAUUGAACAGAAUCCAGACGGCUUCCCUGAGUUUGAACAACGUGUAUUUCCUCAAAGAGCAGCUACUAUUGAAGAGGAAAUUGACUUUAAUGAGGAAAAUGUGAGAAUUUUUCGUUUUCCUUGGUUAAAAACUCCUCAUUUUGAUGGACAUUUUGAUUUACAAAAAACAGAUGAAUUAAUUGGUCGGUCAUUAGAAUUAUUAAGUUGGAAUUUAAAAAUUGGAAAAAAUAAUAAUGAAAAUAUUUUGACUUCCUCAAUUUGUUUUUUGGGUAUUUUAUUGUCUGGAAAAUAUCAACAAGGAUUGGAUAAAAUUGAAGAAAUUCAGAAUUUGGUUUCACCUAUUAAUUUACCUAUUUUAUUAAAAACAUUUCAAAUUGCAAUUUCAUUUUUGAAAAAUAAACUUGAAGCUAAUAGAAAAAGUGAAAAUAAUAAUGAAAUUGAAAAUGGAGAAAAUGUUUUGGAAAAUCAACAGAAAGGAGAAGAAUUAAUUGCAAAAUUAGAAAAUAUUUAUUCAUCCAUUGCCAACACUAACGGAAAUAAAUCUCCAAUUUUAUUAUGGCAAAUAUUACAAAAAGAAUUACUUUCAUCACAAAAAAGUUUUGAAUUUUCUUUAAUGAAUGAACAGAAAAAAUUAUUUAAAGAAUGGGAAAAUAAAAGAAUUAAAUUAAUUGAAAGUCAAACAGAACGAAUGGAAAUUAAUUUAAGAUUAGAUGAAAUUAAAAAACGCCAAAAAGAAAUUAAUUAUCAAAAAGAUUUACUUCAAUUCUUUGAAAAUCGGCAUAUUUGGGAGGAUAAAGCGCUUCAAAGACGUAUAUUAGAAGAGGAAUUGGAUAUGUUUAAAAAUAGGGGAAGUUUAACAGAAGAGGAAUACGGACAAACACUUUUCCAAAUGAGUCAAUUACUUAAAGAAGGCAAAACAGCAAGUCAAGCACUUGAAACUUUAAAACUUGGAUCAAAUCCAGAAGAAAUUCAAGUUAAGCUGACAUCUAAACCAGAAAAAAGAAAAUGA